GCCUGCUCUUUAGUCAUCUGAGCGCCCCGACUGUGCCACCCUAAGGGCCAUGGAGAAUGAAUUACCAGUCCCACAUACAUCUAGCAGCGCCAGCGUCGCCAGCAGUACCAGCGGAGUCACUAGCAGCAGUGGCAGCAACAGUAGCAACAGUGGUGGCAGUGGCCGCCCUACGGGCCCCCAGAUUUCUGUGUAUAGUGGCAUUCCUGACCGGCAGACCGUGCAGGUGAUCCAGCAGGCCCUGCACAGACAGCCCAGCACCGCAGCUCAGUACCUGCAGCAGAUGUACGCCGCCCAGCAGCAGCACCUCAUGCUGCAGACGGCAGCACUGCAGCAGCAGCACCUCAGCAGCGCGCAGCUCCAGAGCCUGGCGGCUGUGCAGCAGGCAAGCCUGGUGUCCAACAGGCAAGGGAGCUCUUCAGGCAGCAGUGUAUCUGCACAGGCACCAGCCCAGUCAUCCUCGAUCAAUCUGGCAGCCUCCCCAGCCCAACUCAUCAACCGGGCUCAGAGUGUCAACUCAGCAACAGCCUCAGGCAUUGCCCAGCAGGCUGUGCUCUUGGGCAACACAUCUUCUCCAGCCCUGACUGCAAGCCAAGCACAGAUGUAUCUAAGGGCACAGAUGGUACAGAACUUGACCCUCCGAACACAGCAGACACCAACUGCAGCAACCUCGGGCCCCACCCCCACUCAGCCUGUCCUGCCCAGCUUGGCCCUGAAACCCACGCCAGGUGGCAGCCAGCCUCUGCCUGCCCCAUCACAGGGCAGAAACUCUGCUCAGGGUUCCCCUGCAGGCACCAAACCUGGCAUAACUGACAGUGUGAUGGAGCCACUCAAGAAAGGAGAUGGCAACAACGGUGUGCCAGGGAGCAUAGAGGGCCGGACUGGGCUCAGCCGAAUGGUGCCUACUGUGGCUACCCACCCCCUCAUUGCACCAGCCUAUGCUCAGCUACAGCCACACCAGCUCCUCUCACAGCCACCAUCAAAGCACCUGCAGCCCCAAUUUGUGAUCCAGCAGCAGCAACACCAACCACAGCAGCAGCAGACCCAGCAGUCACGGCCUGUGCUCCAGCCCCCGUCCCAGCCCCAGCUCGCCUCAGUCCCUCCAAGCUUGGCCCUGCAGCCCAGCUCAGAAGCCCAUGCCAUGCCACUAGGCCCAGUUACACCCACCCUGCCACUCCAGUGCCCCACUGCCAGUCUGCACAAGCCUGCCAGCAGUCAGCAAUGUCACCCUCCCACACCUGAUGCUGGAUCUCAUAAUGGACAUCCUGAGGGCCUGUCCCAUAUCCCUCAACGCAGGUUCCAGCACACAUCAGCUGUCAUCUUACAACUACAACCUGCUUCACCAGUGCCCCAGCAGUGUGCCCCAGAUGACUGGAAGGAGGUGGUACCAGGGGAGAAGAGUGUGCCCGAGAUUCGUUCUGGCCCAUCACCACAUCAGCAAGCCAUCAUCACUGCCAUGCCUGGUAGCCUGCCUGUACCCAAGAGCCCUAACAGCCAGCAUUCCCCAGCUCACGAGACAGGGCAGGGCAUUGUUCAUGCACUGACCGACCUCAGCAGCCCCGGCAUGACCUCAGGGAACGGAAACUCUGCCUCCAGCAUCACUGGCACUGCCCCCCAGAAUGGUGAGAAUAAACCACCACAGGCCAUUGUGAAACCCCAAAUCCUGACGCAUGUUAUCGAAGGGUUUGUGAUCCAGGAGGGGGCGGAGCCUUUCCCGGUGGGACGCUCGUCCCUGCUGGUGGGGAAUCUCAAGAAGAAGUAUGCACAGGGGUUCUUGCCUGAGAAACUUCCACAGCAGGAUCAUACCACCACCACUGACUCCGAGAUGGAGGAGCCCUAUCUGCAAGAAUCCAAAGAGGAGGGUACUCCCCUCAAACUCAAGUGUGAGCUCUGUGGCCGGGUGGACUUUGCUUACAAGUUCAAGCGUUCCAAGCGCUUCUGUUCCAUGGCUUGUGCAAAAAGGUACAAUGUGGGAUGCACCAAAAGAGUGGGACUUUUCCACUCAGACCGGAGCAAGCUGCAGAAGGCAGGAGCCACAACCCACAACCGCCGUCGGGCCAGCAAAGCCAGUCUGCCAACGCUCACCAAGGAUACCAAGAAGCAGCCAACAGGCACCGUACCCCUUUCAGUUACUGCUGCAUUGCAGCUAGCACACAGCCAGGAAGACUCCAGCCGUUGUUCUGAUAACUCAAGCUAUGAGGAACCCUUGUCACCCAUCUCAGCCAGCUCAUCUACCUCCCGCCGGCGACAAGGCCAGCGGGACCUGGAGCUCCCUGAUAUGCACAUGCGGGACCUGGUGGGCAUGGGACACCACUUUCUGCCAAGCGAGCCCACCAAAUGGAACGUAGAAGAUGUCUAUGAGUUCAUCCGCUCUCUGCCAGGCUGCCAGGAGAUUGCAGAGGAAUUCCGUGCCCAGGAGAUUGAUGGGCAAGCCCUGCUGCUACUCAAGGAGGACCACCUGAUGAGUGCUAUGAACAUCAAGCUGGGGCCGGCCCUGAAGAUCUAUGCUCGAAUCAGCAUGCUCAAAGACUCCUAGGGCUGGCCAGGACCGCCAGGAUUCUGGCCCAGGGCUCCGCCUCCUGACUGAGCAGAGCCGCACAGACAUUCCUGAGAGGCCCAGAAAUGGGGCUGUUUGGAGGGAAGGGGCUCUCUUGAUGGGGCAUGGCUGCGGGGAGGUCUUGGUGCUGCCCCAGUGGCUCUCAGGGGCCUUUCAUUUAUGUGGGAGGGGCAUAGAGGUAGGUGGCGCAGAAGAUGGGGCUUUAUGCUUGUAAAUAUUGAUAGCACUGGCUUCCUCCAAAGUCCCAAUACUUUAGCCCCGCUCUCUUCCCCUCUCUCUGUCCCCCAUUUUCAAGGGGGUAUACAGUCAGGGCUCCCCAACCUGAGUUGGGUUACUCUUCCAAGGGCAGCCAGCAGGCCUGGAUGGAGGCCUUGAAAGCCCUUGCCUGCCUUCCUCCCUCUUCUCUCUCUAGGCCUGGUUAACUCUUCCGUUGCCAGCUUCUCCCCCUUUAGCCUCUUUCUGAAGUAGCCAGGGUUCUCCCCGUACACCCUCUGCAGGUGGAGAGAGAGAAGCUGGGCCCAGUUUGGCCACGCCUGCUGGCACAGACGCCUUAACGCUGUAUGACUGUAUGACUGUGUGGGAGCCUGGACUGACAGAUAGGCGAGAGCUACCCUCUGGCAUCUCCAGGUGUUUUGUAGCAAACAGCCACUUAGUGCUUUGUCCUGGACUCCACUCAGCCUCAGGGUGGUAGGGAAUAGGAAAGAAGAGCAGCCUCAGUACCAGGAGGCAGGAUCAGAAAGAG